AUGGCGACUUUUCGCAGCCGCGGGCUUUUGCCCAUCUUUGCCUUGGCGGCGCUGGCAAUCUGCCUCUGGAGAAGGUCAGACGAUGGGGCCGACUUUGCUUUGCCCCCGACAUCCAUGCGGCCCAAGGCUGCCCCUGUAGAAGAGCCUGCUGCGUUCGUGGGCGCUUACGAGAAGCUUGGCGAGUCAGAUGAACCCGUGACAGCCAUGUCCUCCCGCCAUAUCAAGCAAGCCUACUACAACGACGGCUGGCGCCAUGGUGGCAUCAACAUGUGGAUCGAGGACAAGCUCGAUGGGAACUGGAUGAACGUUAACGCGCUGAAGAAUUAUACUUAUGCCAGCGGACGCCUCAAGCCCCGUGUCUUGACCAAGCUCCGCAUGUCUGACCACAAGCGGGCUGUUCGCUACAUCAAGCGCUUCCGUCAGCUGGGCAUCAUGCCCUACCACCGCCUGCUGGCCAAGAUUGAGAAGGAUCCUGCAGCAAAAAGGCCGCCAAAGGGCAAGACCAGCGCCUCCUACGGUGUGAACAGAGCUGCGACCAAGGAAGUGGCGGAGUCUAUGAAGGAGCUGGAGGAGAAGAGCUAG